GAAACUAGGCCCUAUAUUAGUUAGGAGUUGUGCUCCGUUGGAUUAAUUUGACAUCAUUAGUAUCAUUUAAAUUAUCCGUAACAUUUUUUAGAAUUUUACAACCACCCUGCGCGGGGCGUAAAUCAAUUUAAUAACGCUUUAAUUCCAGCUUUCGCACCCUAAAAUGUUUAACAAUAAGCUAAAAAUUUGACAGAAACAUAAAAAAGAAAUCUUCAGAGCCAAUGACGCGGCAGAGGUGGGACUCAAUUCCGACAGUCUUUCAUGUGAUUGGUCGCUCGGAGUAAACCGACAACUCACUUGGCGAAUUAGGCAUCACUUGACGUUUCCUCACACUUCCUCAAUCGCUGAUGUGUUUUUGUCAAGCUACGGCUUCACACCUUAUGCAGCAAGCAACCAGCGGCACUCUGCAGUCAGAGGACUGGGGGCUCAACAUAGAGAUAUGUGACAUCAUCAAUGAGACGGACGAGGGUCCCAGAGAUGCAGUCAAAGCUAUUAAGAAGAGGAUCGUAGGAAACAAGAACGUCAGAGAGAUCAUGUUGGCCCUUACUGUUCUUGAGGCUUGUGUGAAGAACUGCGGCCAUCGCUUCCACGUUCUGGUGGCAUCGCAGGAGUUUGUUGAAGGGGUUUUAGUUCGUUCCAUUCUGCCCAAAUAUAACCCACCCACUGCGCUCCAUGACAGGGUACUCAGCCUCAUACAGUCAUGGGCUGAUGCAUUUCGUAGCUCUCCCUCCUUGGCAGGGGUGGUGUAUGUAUAUGAUGACCUGAGGAGGCGAGGCCUGGAAUUCCCCAUGACAGACCUGGAUGCUCUGUCCCCGAUCCAUACUCCAAACAGGAGUAUCCCAGAAAACGGGACUCCUGAGACAACCGCUGUCGCUCCUGCAACACAUCAGUCACAACCACAAGCUCCUCCAAGGGCUUCCCCUCAGAAUACCUUACCUCCAGUCCAGCCCAAUGAGGGUCCAGUGUCACUUUCUGCAGAGCAGGAACAGAAGCUGCGGAGUGAGCUGGCACUGGUGAAAGGAAAUCUCACGGUGAUGUCUGAAAUGCUAAAUGAGCUCGUACCUGGACAGAGCCAGCCAGAUGAUACAGUGCUGCUACAGGAGCUGUACUCAGUGUGUAAGAGCAUGCAGACUCGGGUGGUGGAGCUCAUCCCCCAGCUGAUGGAUGAAGGAUUUACUGAAGAGCUGCUUGUGGUCAACGAUGACCUCAACAACGCCUUCAUUCGCUAUGAAAGGUUUGACAGACUUAACAAGGCACAAAUUACAAAUACUCAGCAGCAGAGCACGACCAACAGUCCGAGCCUCAUCGACCUCAGCCCUCAGCCUUCCACCCCUGGCCAACCUGCUGUCAUCACAACAACCAGCACGCCAGUAGUAAGCACCUUGGCCAAUCAAAGGCAACCGGUCAGCCACAAAGAGGAGGAGGAGUUCGACAUGUUUGCCCAGACCAGAGGGAGCUCCCUGGCUGAACAGAGGAAAAGUGUCAGAUAUGAGGACCCAGGAGCUGUGGAGGGUCUCGCCGGAGCUCUGGACACAAGGUUGCAGGUCACGGGAGGAAUGCCAUCAGUGAAAAACUCUUUGAAGAAUGAUAUUGACAAAUGGUUACCCUCUGAUAUGGAAGAGCAGUCUUCAGUUUGUGAAGGAGUGUCCAGUGAAGAAUUUGAUAAGUUUCUGGAGGAUCGGGCAAAGGUGGCAGACCACAGCAGCCAGGGGCCACGUAGCGUGCCUCCCUCCACGUCCAGACCGCCGCCACAAUCUACCCAGCAACAGGACAGAUCACAUGACCAGCUUUUUUCGCUCUGAGUGUGGAGACGUAGAGGAAUGGGUGUAUGUAAAGGUCGACAUACACAUACCAUCACUCUGAAAUGUACAGUAUCUACAGUCAGAGAUAUGCAGUGCCAAGUCAGGUUUUCUCUGAAAGUACACACACACACACACACACACACACACACACACACACACACACA